UCCGGGGGGCGGGUCAGCGGAAGUGAGGGCGGUAGCCCACGGUGGAAGGAGGGGCAGUGAGGUGAGAGAGUCCCGGAGCCCGAGACUGAGAGGGAAAUCUGGUGCUCCUCCAGAUGGCCUGAUAUGAAGGAGUCACGCCUCCCACCUCCUGGAGCUGCCCUGUGGCUGCCUUGUCCUUCAAGUGCAGGAGCUGGUUCACGUGUCGGGAAUGGAAGCCAGUGUGACCAUACCAAUCUGGCAAAACAAGCCGCAUGGGGCUGCUCGAAGUGUAGUAAGAAGAAUUGGGACCAACCUACCCUUGAAGCCGUGUCCCCGGGCAUCCUUCGAGACCCUGCCCAACAUCUCUGACCUGUGUUUGAGAGAUGUGCCCCCAGUCCCUACCCUGGCUGACAUCGCCUGGAUUGCUGCAGAUGAAGAGGAGACAUACGCCCGGGUCAGGAGUGAUACGCGCCCCCUGAGGCACACCUGGAAACCCAGCCCUCUGAUUGUCAUGCAGCGCAAUGCCUCCGUUCCCAACCUGCGUGGGUCCGAGGAGAGGCUUCUGGCCCUGAAGAAGCCAGCCCUGCCAGCCCUAAGCCGCACCACUGAGCUGCAGGAUGAGCUGAGCCACUUGCGCAGCCAGAUUGCAAAGAUAGUGGCAGCUGAUGCAGCUUCGGCUUCAUUAACGCCAGAUUUCUUAUCUCCAGGAAGUUCAAAUGUCUCUUCUCCCUUACCUUGUUUUGGAUCCUCAUUCCACUCUACAACUUCCUUUGUCAUUAGUGACAUCACCGAGGAGACAGAGGUGGAGGUCCCUGAGCUUCCAUCAGUCCCCCUGCUUUGUUCUGCCAGCCCUGAAUGUUGCAAACCAGAACACAAAGCUACCUGCAGUUCGUCUGAAGAGGAUGACUGCAUCUCUUUGUCCAAGGCCAGCAGCUUUGCAGAUAUGAUGGGUAUCCUGAAGGACUUUCACCGAAUGAAACAGAGCCAAGAUCUGAACCGGAGUUCAUUGAAGGAGGAGGACCCUGCUGUGCUUAUCUCUGAGGUCUUACGAAGGAAGUUUGCUCUAAAGGAAGAAGAUAUCAGUAGAAAAGGAAACUGACAACCCUCAGCUCUGCAAACUCAGUCUCAUGCUCCUGGAAUACCUUCAAUAGCUGCCUUCCUCACCACAGAUGUUUCUGCCUCUAAAGGAGAAAUCUUCUGCAACAGUCUUGCUAACAAGCUAGAGCUUGGACUGAAAGAGAAGAGCUGGAUUAUAUGUUUCCCAGACUUCAAACCCUGGCAGAAGCUAAGGCUUGUGAUUUGACCUGAGACAUUUGUUUCAGGUAAUCGUAUAGAAUGAAGUAUCUCAGUUUAAAGGGUAAGAGAGAAGUUGUUUCUGGUUUUUCCUUGCCCCUGUGUGAAAACAGGUCCGAAAUGACUGACUGACUUCACUGCAUUAGACCCUAUAACUGGUCUCACAAGACACUUUGUGCCCAGCUGUCACUCACUCUCAGCAGCUUCCUUGCAGCAGAGCAGGGCUGAGGGGAAGGGGCUAUAAAUGUUUGUAUACAUGUUCACAGGGCAUGGAAAAUCUUAUGCUGCUCCAUCAUAAACCUACACCAAUGCCCAGCAAUCACCCUCCUCACUUCCUUGUCUAGAUGUAGAGGUCAGGCUGCUGAACCAGCCAACACAUGGGCUACUGCUGGGAAGUCUGGGCUGUUUUUUUUCUUAAACACAUUUUAUAUUACUGAACAACCAAAUCUACCCUCCACGGCCCUGAGGCCUUAUCAGUUCCACUGAUUAAAAACUUUCUCUUUCACGGACCUUAAGCCCGGUAGGAAAGAGAAAGGAGGAGGGGGGAAGAGCAUACCAUCUUUCUUCCAGGCCCUUGACUGCUCCUUUGGGUUGGGCCAAGGUUUGUACCUACCACACCAUGCAUGACUCAGAUGCCCUCAGGUCCCUUUCUCUAUGGUAUGUAUACUGUGUGUGUUUGGGUUGAAGCACUACCUGACAUUAAAGGAAGGACUUGGAGAGAGAAUGCA